AUGCCGCCGCCUCACAGCACACACCCCUCAUCUCCCCUUCCUCCCCGGUCCCGCCUCCUCCAGAGCCUCGGCUCGUGCUCCAGAGGAGCCGUCACGUCCGCCGCCUCCUCCCCCUCGCCCUCGCCGCCGGGAUGGCCCCGCCCUCUCCGCUACGCCGUCCUCGGCGCCGGCUUCGCGGGGCUCUCCGUCGCGUGGCACCUCCUCAAGCAAAGCCCGAAGUAUUCGCGCGUGUCGGUGGACGUCUACGACGAGAACGGCGUCGGGGGAGGCGCCUCGGGGGUCUCUGGAGGGCUUCUCCAUCCGUACUCACCAAAAGCCAAGCUUCUCUGGAGAGGAGGCGAAUUCUGGAAAGAGAGCAUGGAUCUCCUGCGCAGCGCAGAGAAAGCGGAUGGAAUCGCUGGAUCAGAUGGCGAUGGUCGGGAUGAUGAGGCCCUUAUCUGGAGAAGGGGAAUUUUGCGGCCACCUACGACAGAGAAGGCUGCUGAUAUAUUGCUAGAGAAUGCUCAGAGUUGCCUCCAGAGUUGCAGCCUUCAAGUUCUUGAUUCGGAUGCUGCACAAAGACUGAUCCCUGGGUUACGUGUUCCGCUCAACCUUGCGAUUUAUAUGCCACUAGCACUGAACAUCAACCCUAAGAAAUAUUUGCAGGCAUUGUUCCUUGCGUGCCAAAAUAUGGCCAAGGAAACAUCUGUAUCACCCAGUGAACUGAAAGAGUUCAGUUUGUACAACAAACAUAUCGAUAAUCUACAACAACUUUCAGGAGAUUAUGAUGCAGUGAUCAUCUGCCUUGGGGGCAAAGCUAGCUCACUUCCAGAACUUACAAAUAAGUUGCCUCUUAGAACCUGUAGAGGAGUUAUUGCUGAAUUCAAACUGCCAUCAGAUACAGCAGAAAAAUAUGGCAGUCAAAGUCCUUCAAUCUUGUCUGAUGCAUGGCUGGCAUUCCAAGGACCCUGCACCGUUUCUGUCGGGUCAACUUGGCAAUGGAAGUCUGACAAUCAUGAUCCAAGUGUAUGUGAUGAAGAAGCACAUACUGCAAUGGAAGAGCUGCUCCCCAAAGCUUCUGCUGUUUAUCCAGGAAUAAGUAAAUGGGAUUAUGUACGAGCAAGGGCUGGGAUAAGAGCCAUGCCUCCAUUGACAGCCAAUGGAUCCCUGCCACUGUUGGGUUGUCUAAAUGAUGUUAUAGGCGAGAGAAGCAAUUGUGCCUUUUGGCUAGUCGGUGGCCUUGGAGCCAGGGGCCUCCUGUAUCAUGGAUUAGCUGGAAAACUAACUGCCAAAGCUGUGAUUUCCAGUGAUGAGAACAUGAUACCUUCUGAAUUCACCUGCUGGAAGGCGAUCAAGGCUUCGCGGUGA